AUGCUGCUUUGGAUUGUCUUGCUGAAGGCGGCUCUUUGUGUUGCUAUUGGAAAUGUUACAAGGGACAUUUGUAAGGAGCAGAUCUGCUCCUGCAAUGAGAUUGAAGGCGAUUUGCACAUUGACUGCGAAAAAAGGAGCUUUACUAAUUUGCACCAUUUGACUGGUCCCAGUUCCCAGUUUUAUCACUUGCUAUUGCAUGGAAAUUCUUUAUCCAGGCUUUUUCCCAAUGAGUUUGCUAACUUUUACAAUGCCGUGAGCUUGCAUUUGGAAAACAACGGUUUGCAUGACAUUGUCCCUGGUGCUUUUCUGGGACUGCAGCUCGUGAAAAGGCUACACAUAAAUAAUAACAAGAUACGGUCAUUUAGGAAGAGCACCUUUCUUGGUUUAGAUGACUUGGAAUAUCUUCAGGCUGAUUUUAAUCUAUUGAGGGACAUUGACCCGGCCGUGUUCAGGGACUUAAAUAAACUUGAAGUGUUAAUUCUAAAUGAUAACCUCAUCAGUGCACUACCUAUAAAUGUGUUUCAACACGUUCCCAUCACCCAUCUCGACCUGCGAGGGAACCGAAUCAAAACGGUGCCUUAUGAGGGAGUUCUCGAACAAAUACCGGGCAUUGCGGAGGUUUUAUUGGAGGAUAACCCCUGGGACUGCAACUGUGACCUGGUUUCCCUGAAGGAAUGGCUGGAGAAUAUACCGCAGAACGCGCUUAUCGGUAGGGUGAUCUGCGAGGCUCCAACGCCACUGCAAGGGAACGACUUGAACGAGACAUCGGAGAUGGUUCUGUGUCCUUCAAUAAAAAGUGGUGCUGACGAGAGUUUAGUUGCACCUCCUACCCAAGAGGAGACCUCUGUACCUGAGCCCGUUCCAACGCCUUAUAAAGCUAGUGGUGAUCCUGGGUCCCCUACCCCAGGGAAUGGGCAAAAGGGGCGCUCUAAAUCGCACUGGCAGUUGAAAACGAAGCCCACAUCUAUGACAGGUGUGAAUGGGGAGAGAGAGCAGCUGCAAAUUGUGCAGAACGCAUCGUGCCCUGUGCCAUGCAGCUGCAAGCUCAUUGGAUCCAGGCAGGGGUUAGGGGUUAACUGCGAGGGCAAGAAGAUAGAGAGCUUGGCUAACCUAAAACCCAAACCCCUCACGGCGCACGAAUUAAACAUGAGAGAUAACAACAUCCAUGCUAUAAAAAAGAACCAUCUCAAUGGCUAUUCAAGUCUGAAUCUCCUUGAUUUGGGUGGAAACAACAUCAAAUUGAUAGACAACAGCACUUUUCAAAACCUCACCGAGUUAAGAUGGUUGUACAUGGAUAAGAAUUACCUGGAUACGCUCAUUGCGGAAAUGUUCAUUGGACUUCAAAAUCUGGAAUAUCUCAGUUUGGAAUAUAAUGACAUACAGCUGAUACUGGCAGGCACAUUCAGCCCUCUGCCUAAUCUGCGAGUGCUUUUCCUCAACAAUAACUUACUGAAAGCGCUACCUGUGGAUGCUUUCCUUGGAGUGUCUUUAUCAAAGAUUAGCUUGCAUAAUAAUUACUUCACGUAUCUCCCUGUCGCAGGGGUCUUAGAUCAACUCAAUUCGAUCAUACAAAUUGAUUUGCAUGGGAACCCUUGGGAUUGCUCGUGUAAUAUUGUCCCUUUCAAACAGUGGACGGAGAAACUGGGGGCAGAUGUGAUCGUUAGUGAUCUCAAGUGUGAGUCCCCAGAAGAGUUCUGGAAAAGGGAUUUCCGUCACGUCCGAAAUGAUCUGAUGUGUCCCAAGCUGUAUGACAAAAUCUACCCCACCUCUCUCUCCAAAAACAGCACUUUCACCGCAGACACGGGUACGCGCUCGAACUCCUAUGUGGAGCCGAAUAGGGUAUCCAUCUCUGUACUAGUCCCUGGGCUACUACUGGUAUUUGUCACGUCUGCGUUCACUGUUGUAGGGAUGCUUGUCUUCAUCUUGCGGAAUCGCAAGAGAUCAAAGCGGAGGGAUGGUAAUUCCUCUGCGUCAGAGAUCAAUUCCUUGCAGACAGUGUGUGACUCGUCUUAUUGGCAUAGCGGGCCUUACCAUGCGGACGGGGGCGCGCAAAGAGGGCUUGACUGUAGCGCCCAUUUCUCCUCAACAAAUGAUGCGUAA